CUAUUAGUGUGGGGGAAGUCCCACAUCUGUAUGGGUAUAAAACACUUAAGGAUGUCUGAGUUCAGUCAGUUAUCAGAGAAUCUGAACCAACAGCCUUACCCAAAAUGCCACUCGUCAAGCUCUACUUCUCUCCUGCACUGCUGCUCCUGGUCCUCACCUGUCCUCUGUGGCAGGUCAGCCAGUCUUUGCCAGUGAUGAGUAAUGGACAAUUGACAGACUCCUGUGGUUUAUACGCAAAGACACUUUUACAGAACAUCACUGCUACACUCAAACAGAAUAACCUGUUCAGUGGAAUCGACUGCUCGAAGCAGAGUGUUGAGCUGAACAUGGAGACUAACACAGCAUCUGUGUGUGCUCCAAAGAAAUCAACAUGCUCAGGAAUCGUUAAGACAGAAUUUAAUCAGAAAUCAUGCCUGACAAACAUCGGGGAGGAUCUACAGCACUACUACAAACUGCUAGCUGCUCAGCCGGAUCCUGACAGUUUACUUGGUCCAUCAGUUCUGUCCAGCCUCAGAGAACUCAUGAAGAACUGCUUUGCAUGGUCUCUGCCAACUGACAUGGCCUCCAACGAGGUUGCUGCAAACCGUCCGAGCACCUACGAUGAAAGACUGAGCCUCUGCAAAGUGCUGAAGGGCUUCCAAAUCCGCACCAUCACAAUCAACCGAGUCAUUUCAUACAUGAAGUCCGGUGAACACACUAAAUGAGUCAUUGAGCUCUAACAGAUCAGUAGUUUUAGAAAGCUAUAUAGAACCACGUUACAUACAAAUUACAUAAACGACAUUAACAAUUGACGUUGGAAAACAUUUUCAAUAGCUACAAAUUUCUCAUUUAUGUAGUGAUGUAACUAAUAUUUGACAUCAAAAUGAUGUGUUAAAUUACUUUUUCAUAAAGUGUAUUAACAAGUAAUGCUAUUUAUUUAUUAAUAAUAUUUGUUUUAUUCUGGACUAUUUAUUUCAACUAUUUAUUGUUAUAUUAUUCAUUUGUUUUUAAGAAUCAACUAAUAAAUAUUUUUCCUGCAUGAAUCCUGCUGAGUUAU